AUGGCAGAUAAGCUCAAUCUAGUCACUUCUACUGCAGAGCAGCUCCAGAGGCUGCUGGGUGCGGGUGCCCUGAAUUCUCGCGACCUUGUCGAGGCAUGCCUUGAUCAAAUUGAGAGACACAACUGCAAAGGCCUGAACCUUCGCGCUGUUGUACAGGCCGCUCCACGUGAUUUAGCCGUUGAACAGGCCAAAGCCCUCGAUGUUGAACGAGCUAACAGUGGACCACGAGGGCCUCUUCAUGGCAUUCCAGUUCUAGUCAAGGACCACUUUGCGACUCAUCCGUCUCUCGGCAUGGGUACCACUUGCGGCACCGCGGCCCUUCGUGAUGCACGACCGAUUAGGAAUGCUGUUGUCGUUGACAAACUCAUCGAAGCCGGACUUAUUGUGAUUGGAAAGGCCAGCCUUUCGGAAUUGUGCCUACUCAAAGCAACCCCACCAAACACUGGGGGUUGGUGUUCUGCCUCUAGCCAAGGUCAAUCGCCUUAUGUUCGAGGGGGUGUUACCCCCGACGCCAAAUACCUCGGCCACAGUACACCAUGCGGAUCCUCCUCUGGAAGCGCCAUCGGCAUUGCGGCGGGCUUCGCUCCCAUCAGUAUCGGUACUGAAACCGACGGUUCGAUUGUUUAUCCCGCCACACGUGCUGGUCUGUAUGCCAUUAAACCAAACAUCGGAGCUGUUCCUCUCGAAGGCGCAAUGCCAGUGAACAGUAAUUAUGACACCCAUGGAGGAAUGGCCAAGUCGCCCUCAGACCUUGCCCAUCUGCUUGAGGUCAUGACAGGACGUCCGGGGCUCGGAGCCGAUCUUCCCAACACAUGGAAGGGAAUAAAGGUUGGGUACCUCGACUUCAAGGAGUGGCGGCUCACACCUAAUGAAACGGAGGAAUCGGAGGCUUUCGAUAAUGAUGUCGUAAACACUUCACUCUAUUUUAUACCUAAAAAAUUGGCUUACGAGAUCAAGUUCCCUGCAUUCGAACAAGCCCUGACCACUAUCAAGGCUAAUGGGGCCGAGGUUAAGGGGCCAUUGAAGCUUCUAACAGUUGAAGAAAUCGCAGAGAUGCCAAAUGGUGCAGACUUUGAUUCUAUCGCCAAUGACGGUUGGAGAGAUUCCUUUGAUGAAUGGCUAAAGGACUGGUUUGAGUACACUCCCAUUCAAGACAUGAAAGAUCUUGUCAAAUGGCAUAAGGACCACGCAGAUGAGUGUCUCCCUGCAGACCACCCUUCCCAAGCCUAUCUUGAGUUCCACGCCUUUGAGGCAAAGCCUGAUCCCGAAUUCCCCAAGAAACACGAAUUCGUUCGCAGUCGUGCCAAACAGGCAAUUGACCAACUUUUCCAGUCUCAUGACUUAGAUGUCCUCAUAGGCAAUGGGGAUGGAAGAAUGACAGCUAUUGCAUCGGCUGCCGGGUAUGCAGUUGGUUCCGCCCCUCUUGGCUACGCCGAGACAUUUAAUGGCAGAGCCUUUGGUAUAAACCUGAUCACCGGAGUUGGAGGCGAGCGCAAGAUGUUAGAAGUCAUGAACGUUUGGGAAAAAACGUUUCCUGAAGGAAGGAAGGCACCGCCAGCACUUGAUGAGAAGUCAUUUUAA